GAGAUUUCCUCUGGAAGAUAUCCCUCAAGAUGAGAAGGAAGCUGCAAACUGGCUUCAUAAGCUUUACCAGGAAAAGGAUGCUUUGCAAGAGAUGUAUAAUCAGGAAGGUGUAUUUCCUGGCAAGCAGUUUAAACCUCCUAGGAGACCAUGGACUCUCCUAAACUUUCUCUUUUGGGCCACAGUUCUCCUUUCUCCUCUCUUCACAUUUGGCUUUGGAGUUUUUGCAAGUGGAUCACCUCUCCUUAUCCUUGCAUUCCUGGGACUUGUUGGAGCAGCUUCCUUUGGAGUUCGUAGACUGAUAGGAGUAACUGAAAUAGAAAAAGGCUCCAGCUAUGGCAACCAGGAAUUCAAGAAAAAGGAAUAACUGACGGCUGCAGUUCAGCACAUGUAACCAGACUGUGGUAUCCGAUUAACUUCAGUUAAAAACCAACAACAA